AUGCCUCGAAACUGGGAACGGUUGCCACUUUAUAACAAAUCAUACCCACCUCUUCUAUUCAGCUAUGAACCAAGCCCCAGUGGAUAUGAAGUCUUUCUAACCGACCUGGCUCAUAUUUGGUCGGAGAACUUGAGCCAUAAACAAAUUAUCAACCGUGCCUCAAAAGACGAGACAAGCAUUGACCCUAGCCAAGAUGGGGAGCAAUAUUCAGUGUUGCUCCAGAAGAUCGGUGAUGCGCUGCAUGGAUCUAAAGGCACGGCAAUGUGUCUUGCUGGUAACAGCACUGGGUCCAGUUUCAAACUAGUUACAACUACAAAGUUACCAAAACCAUUGGAGCCCUUAGAGUGGGCGUUAAACUUGUCCCGAAGCUCUCCGUCUGUGCUAACACAACAUUUGUUGUUACCAGCUUUACAGAAUGGGCUCAGGAACGAAGAUCGUCAGAAUUCUCUCUAUGAACUUCUAAAAGAGAAAGAUAAAAUAAUUGGAAAGCUUCUUGACAAGAUAGAAUCCUCGGGUAUUGAUUUGAGCACUGUCUUUCCUAAUAUGGCCAACAUACGAUUAGGCCAAAAGAGAGACUCACUGUUUUCACAAGCCUCGAAACUAGUCAAAGGAGUGAGUCCCUUCGACAAAACUUCCUGGGAAAAUUUGCACUUGGAUCGUGGCCCAAGUAACUUUGGAUUAAAUUCUUUGGGGAAAUGUUUGUAUGACGAGGACCUAUUUGAACCACGCAAUAUAGAGCGUAUAGAAAACGAAUGGUGGAAUCAUCCUACAUCAUCAUCAUCAUGUGCCGCUCAACAUACCGAGAAGAAGGCUCCACACGACGAUAUCGAAAGAGGUACAGAGAAGGGCACUAUGGAAAGUGAAGAUGAAUUUCAAAAUUCAUACGACUCAACUACGUCUGACGCAUCAGAAGCGCCCUCGCAUCCGAGAGAAAAACCAAAGGCACUUGGUACUAUUGGUGGGAAAAAGCCAAAAAUGCCUUUGAACCAAGAAGAACCUAGUCUAGCGGUGUUUGAAGAAAAGGCCGCCCUUAAACCCCACACACUGUCUAACGAAGACGAUCAGCCUACGGCCUCAGAGAUUGAGAGUGAUAGUAGUGAUGGCGAUGACGGUAAUAAUGAAGCUAGCAAACAAAAGAGACAGAAUCUACCCCAACAAAAACCUGCGGAUGUUCAAGGCGACAAUACACGAACCCAGCAAGCACAAAACCACAGACAGGCAGCCUUACGUACACGCGGUGGGCUCGGGCAAAUUGGUGGUAAAAAACAGAAAGAUAUAUCGGGCCACAAAGUGCAUGGGAAAGAAUCUAUCCCCGCAGCAAGCUCUGGAAACACAACGGAUGAUGCUGAAGAAAAUGAAAAUGAAGACGAAAAUAGGAAUCAAGCGAACAAUAGAAGCAAACAACGGGAACCAAAUUUGUCACCUGGACGUCAUGAGCAAUCAGUGGCAGCCCCUAAGCCACACAAACGAAGCGGUAAACUUGGUACAAUUGGUGGAGCGAAAGAUUCUCAGAAAUCAGCCAAGACCCAAGAAAGAAAUGUAUCCUCUAGCACUGCGUUUUUUCAUGGUUCUGAAGGCGGUAGUGAUCAUGGAGCUGGUAAAGUGAUGAAUGAAGGACAAGAAUCAACAAAACCAACCCUUCCAUUGCCAGCUAGUUCUAGGUCUACAGGCCAACAGGAUGAGGAGCAGAAGUCAGACAAAGAGGAAUCUCCAGAAGAAAAGGCAGAUAGGAAACGACAGGAAUUACGGCGUCAGUUGGAGAUGGGAGAUAAGGGCCAGAGUAAACCCGCAAAGAAAAAGAGAAAGUUCUAG